UUCACGGAGGCUUGUGCAGCCGCAAACAACCAUGGCGGAAUAUGGGCAGACCGCGAGACAUGUUGCGCCUGCCGAGCUGGUGGCCGCCCGGCAGUUCACCGUCCCGUACGCCGUCAAUUUAACGCUCACCAGAACUGGCGGUUUGUUCUCGAGCGACCUUUACAAGGUCAAGGACACCAACGGCGACGUGGUGUUCAAGGUGAAGGGUGUGUUCUUCAGCAGCCGCCGCCUCCUCCUCGACGCCGCCGGCACCCCUCUCCUCACCAUGAAACCGAAGGGAUUUAGCAGAUGGAGAGUAUUCAGAGGAGAGAGCAGCAGCCCAGACGAUUUGCUGUUCAGCCUGCGAAAGUCCAAGACAUUCCGGCGGAAGGACAACUUUGAUGUGUUCUUGGCCACCAACACCGACGAAGCUGCCCCCUGUGACUUUAAGAUAAUUGGACAAAGCAAGGAAUGCACCAUUUGUAUUGGCGAAACUGAUGAAAUCAUAGCCCAAAUGCAUCGCAAGACUGCAUUUUUUGCAAGGGACGAACUAGAAAUAACUGUCAAUCCCAACGAAGAUUUCGCCUUCAUUGUAUCGUUGAUAGUCAUUCAAGAGACGGAGGCAAAUCGUCGUCAUGAUGAUCUUCAUCAUCAGCAUCAUCUUCAUCAUCAGCAGCAUCUUCAUCUCCAUCAUCAGCAACAUCAUCAUCAUGUUCUCCAUCAUCAUCAUCAUCAUCAUGGUUAAUCGAAUACAGCGACAGCGAUGCAGCUUUCUCAAUGCGUGCAGCAGCUAUGUGAUGAGGAAGGAGGAUGUUAAGUGCAUACAUGAACGUCUAUAGCUAGAGUAUUAUAUUGUAUUUGUUUAUAAUUUUAUGAUAUAUAAUUCUCAUUAUUGUUGCCUAUUAUAAUAUAUAUUCGUUCU